UCAAAAAGUAAAAACAAAGCACUGAAAGGUAGACUAGAUAAAUUUUGAUGGAGGUUAAUUAUAUGAUAUAUCCUCACAUGUUUGUGUGGACUUGAUGAAUGUGGGGUUGAUAGAUUUCCAAUUCUAGACUUUCGCUUUCGGUCAUCUCUUAAACAAUCUCAUAUCACAAUUUUGUUAAUUUUGCUGGCAACAAAAAUCCCCAUUUGAAAUCAGGAUCUAUAAAUUUACUAUACUGUGUUUUUAUUCUGCAGAAAUUGUUCAGGUCAGGUGGUACUACUAGUACUUAGGGUGAGAAUUUGAAAAUGUAUCUGGUAGAAAGCAAAGGUGGAGCCAUACUAUGCAUGCUAAUCUCUCUAGUUUUCUUGGGGACAUGGCCUGCUGUAAUCACUCUGCUAGAACGACGAGGCCGUCUUCCUCAGCAUACAUAUCUUGAUUACUCUAUCACCAAUCUCUUGGCUGCUGUAAUUAUAGCCUUAACUUUCGGCGAGAUUGGUAAGGACACGCCUCAAUCGCCGAAUUUUCUAUCCCAAUUAUCUUCGAUACAUGAGAAUUGGCCUUCGAUUCUGUUCGCAAUGGCGGGCGGAAUAGUCCUCAGCAUCGGAAAUCUGUCGACGCAGUAUGCUUUUGCUUUUGUGGGGUUGUCUGUGGUGGAAGUCAUUACUUCCAGCUUAAUUGUUGUUAUAGGAACAAGUUUGAAUUACUUCUUGGAUGACAAAAUAAAUAGGGCUGAGAUUCUUUUUCCUGGAGUUGCUUGCUUCUUGAUAGCUGUUUGUCUUGGUUCAGCUGUUCAUUCAUCUAAUGCAGCUGAUAAUAAAGCUAAGCUUCUCAAUUUGGACACAGGUGUUUCCAAAACCAAUGAAGAAUUUCCAAGCAAUGAAUCAGACGUCGAUCCCGAGAAUAGAAAUGCUCUUACAGAUAACCCAAAACCUGGAACUGCAGCUUUUCUCAUACAACUUGAGAACAAAAGAGCCAUCAAGGUGUUUGGGAAGAGCACUCUGAUUGGACUGGGUAUAACAUUCUUUGCUGGUUUAAGUUUCUCAUUCUUCUCACCAGCUAUCAACUUAGCAACAAAUGAUCAGUGGCACACAUUAGAGAGAGGGGUUCCUAAAUUGGUUGUCUACACUGCAUUUUUCUGGUUCUCAGUCUCCUGUUUCGUGCUUGCCGUCAUUUUAAAUAUCAUUUUCCUUUACCGGCCGCUGCUGAACCUACCUAGAUCGUCAUUGAGGGCUUAUGUUAAUGACUGGAAUGGCAGAGGCUGGGCGUUCUUGGCUGGAUUCUUAUGUGGCUUUGGUAACGGUCUGCAAUUUAUGGGUGGUCAAGCUGCAGGUUAUGCAGCAGCCGACGCUGUUCAGGCACUCCCACUAGUGAGCACAUUCUGGGGAAUAGUAAUCUUUAAAGAAUUCAGGAAAUCAUCAAGAAAAACAUAUGUUUUGCUGAUAAGUAUGUUGUUGAUGUUUGUCAUUGCUGUCGGGGUGCUUAUGGCAUCUUCUGGACACCGGAAAUGAGUAUCGUACUGCACUAAAGGUUGACGAGGAAGAAGCGCAGUAUUCGAAUGAGCAAGAAAAUGCUUUAAUCACAGUAAAUUUUCAGAGAAGUUCAUUUCCAAUGUGUCCAACAAUCAUAGAUAGAGUAGUUUUAGUUAUUUUAGUUAGUUUGUAAGUAAUGAUAAGAAAGCUAAUUGGUUUUAUUCUUGUUUCCAAUUGUUUCCUAUGUUGGACGGAAACUUCUUAGGUUCUUUGUUUUGGCGUUUUCAUUUCCGUGAUACAUGCCUUUUGCCUCA